AUGUUCGUGUCCAAAUCGCCCAAAAGUCAGUCCGAGGAUGCGUCAGCAGAGCAGAUGUGUAUGGUCGAGUAUGGCUGUGAGACGGAACCGAACUAUUCCGUGCGCACUUCAGAGCAACAAGUCCAGCAAGGCCAUGACAACUUGGCUUAUGAGCAUGGCAGCCAAAAUGACCUCUGCUCUUCAGUCAAAACCUCCACAGAAACCUUUAAACUCCUGGGCAUUGCCCCGGAGCACCCCAUCCAUGCCGUCGUGGAAAGCAAGAUCUCCAGGCUGAAUGGCGUGCUAGCGGUCAGCUCAGCUGUUACAAGCCGGCUGACCAAGGUGGACUACUUGAGUUCUAUGAUCUCUGCUGCAGAGAUAGCUCAGGAACUGUGCAAGAUGGGCUUCCAUGUGGAGUCAGGGGUGUGGAUCAGUGUGAAUGGCAUGCGUCGCCAUUCUUGCAUGGAGACUAUCGAGCAGCAUGUGACCUCUCUGCGUGGCGUCUUACAUGUUCGGGUGUCACUUGAGGAGGGUAAAGCACUGGUUGUAUUCCAACCACUUCUCAUCACACGACAGGAGGUCAGAGACAAAAUUGGUGAUUUGGGAUUUGUAGCUACGUUACUGGAUGAUGAUCCAUCUGGAGCUGUCAGCCACUGGCAGACGGAUGCAACCCAAAAUGUGACCGUUUGGAUUGGAGGAAUGACUUGCAACUCCUGUGUACAGUCCAUAGAGGGGAACAUCUCUCAGAUUAUGGGUGUCUACUCCAUUGAGGUGUCACUUAAAGAAGAAAAGGGAACAAUUACAUUUGACCCUGGCCUAACAGGGCCAGAGCAGCUCAGCGUCGCUAUUGAGGACAUGGGCUUUAAUGCAUCACUCCGAGAACCUUUCCAGCCUCAAGAAGCAUCGUUAAGCCAUGAACUCUCUGACCUUUCUGACCGGUCUUGUAGAACGGAAUUUAGCAAUGGCACCGUAUGUCAUUCCACUCCUGCAAACCAGCAGACUGGAACUAAAGAGCAAAAGUGCUUCAUCAGUGUGAAUGGAAUGACCUGCGCCUCGUGUGUGGCCAACAUUGAGAGAAACCUACUAAAACAUCAGGGGAUCAUCUCCGUUUUGGUGUCAUUGAUGGCUGGAAAAGCAGAGGUGAAAUACAAUCCUGACGUGAUUGACGUUCCCGCUGUGACUCAGCUUAUAGAGGAUCUGGGUUUUGGUGCCAAGUCCAUCGACGACAACAGAACCACACAUGGGGAACUGGACCUCAUUAUAAUUGGAAUGACAUGCACGUCCUGUACCCACAAUAUUGAGUCCAAGCUCAACACAACUAAAGGGAUCAUUUGUGCCUCUGUGGCCUUGACAACCAAAACAGCAAGCAUUCAAUUUGACCCAGACGUACUGGGACCUCGAGAUAUAAUCAAGAUCAUUCAGGACCUUGGCUUUGAAGCCAGUCUGAAGAAGGUGGGGGUCAAAAGCAAUCUUGACCACUCCGAAGAGAUUCGACAGCAAGUAUCUGGUCACCUUGUUGUUGCAGCAAAUUUAUUAAGAAGUUAUUUUAAAUGCAAUGGUAAAAAGAAAGCGUUUGCUUUUGAUGCUUGCAGAUGGAAGACUUCAUUCCUGCUUAGCCUAGUCUUUGGUCUGCCUGUAAUGGGCCUCAUGAUCUACAUGAUGGUGAUGGACAGUCAGCAUCAGCAGCAUGGCGGUGUCAUGCCAGAGGAGCAAAGCCUGCUGCCAGGCCUUUCUGUCCUAAAUCUGACCUUCUUCCUGCUGUGUACGCCUGUCCAGGUGUUCGGUGGCCGGUACUUCUACAUCCAGGCAUAUCGCUCUUUGAAACAUGGCACAGCUAACAUGGAUGUCCUUAUUGUGCUGGCCACCUCCAUCGCAUACAUUUACUCUUGCGUUGUGCUCAUUGUGGCCAUGGCAGAACAAGCCAGUCAGAGCCCAGUCACAUUUUUUGACACACCACCAAUGCUUUUCGUUUUCAUUGCACUGGGGCGGUGGCUGGAGAAUCUGGCCAAGAGUAAAACCUCUGCGGCUUUGGCCAAGUUAAUGUCACUACAAGCCACCGAUGCAACUGUGGUCACAAUGGGACCUGACCACUCCGUUAUCAGUGAGGAGCAAGUGUUAGUGGAGCUGGUACAACGGGGUGAUGUUGUGAAGGUGGCGCCAGGAGGGAAGUUUCCUGUGGAUGGAAAAGUAAUUGAAGGAAGCUCAAUGGCAGACGAGUCUUUAAUCACAGGAGAGCCGAUGCCUGUCAGUAAGAAGGUGGGCAGCUCGGUGAUUGCCGGCUCCAUCAAUGCUCAUGGCGCUCUUCUUGUGGAGGCCACCCACGUUGGCGCAGACACAACCCUGUCACAAAUAGUCAAACUGGUGGAGGAAGCCCAAACUUCCAAGGCUCCCAUUCAGCAGUUUGCUGACCGACUCAGCGGAUAUUUUGUGCCCUUCAUUAUUGUGGUCUCUCUUCUAACUCUGGUAGCGUGGCUUGCCGUCGGCUUUGUCAACUUUGACAUUGUGAGAGAAAACUUCCCGGGUUAUAAUAUCAACAUAUCCCAGGCAGAAGUCAUCAUCCGGUUUGCCUUCCAGGCAUCCAUCACGGUUCUUUCUAUUGCAUGCCCCUGUUCUUUGGGGCUGGCGACCCCGACAGCAGUUAUGGUGGGCACCGGGGUGGGAGCGCAGAACGGGAUUCUCAUCAAAGGAGGCGAGCCUCUGGAAAUGGCGCAUAAGAUCAAUGUAGUGAUGUUUGAUAAGACCGGGACAAUCACUAAUGGCGUGCCGCGUGUGACGCGCGUGUUGGUGCUAUGGGAGAUGGCCCGAAUGCCUCUAAGAAAGAUCCUGGCAGUGGUGGGAACAGCAGAGGCCAGCAGUGAGCACCCACUUGGCAUUGCAGUUGCCAAGCACUGUAAAGGAGAGCUGGGCUCUGAUGUGCUGGGUUACUGCCAAGACUUCCAAGCAGUGCCCGGCUGUGGGAUCAGCUGUCAGGUUACCAAUGUGGACCACCUGCUGCCACCGCAGAGCGAACGGCAGUUCCUGUUACCGGGGGCAUACACAGAUGAGGCAGCAGAAAUGCCGAAUGCAGGUGAGAUUGUAGGUUACUCUGUUCUCAUUGGGAACAGAGAGUGGAUGAGGAGGAAUGGCCACCAUGUUGGAGCAGAUUUGGAUGCGGCCAUGUCUAGCCAUGAGGCAAAGGGGCAGACGUCUAUUCUGGUGGCUAUAGAUGGUGUACUGUGCGCCAUGAUCGCCAUUGCAGACACAGUAAAGUCGGAGUCUGCCUUGGCAGUGCACACACUCCAAAGCAUGGGCAUUCAGGUGGCCAUGAUAACAGGGGACAACAGACGCACAGCUAAAGCCAUAGCUGCACAGGUAGGGAUCAGGAAAGUGUUUGCAGAGGUCCUACCCUCACACAAAGUGGCCAAAGUGCAGGAGCUCCAGGAACAAGGCUUGCAUGUGGCCAUGGUAGGAGACGGCGUCAACGAUUCGCCUGCCCUUGCCCGCGCUGAUGUUGGCAUUGCUAUCGGUACAGGCACUGACGUGGCCAUCGAAGCAGCGGAUAUAGUUCUUAUUAGAAAUGACCUCCUGGACGUCGUGGCCAGUAUCGAGCUGUCCAAGAGGACUGUGCGGAGGAUACGGAUAAACUUUUUCUUUGCUGUUAUCUACAACCUUGUCGGAAUACCCAUUGCUGCAGGGAUGUUUAUGCCUGCUGGUCUGGUGCUUCAACCGUGGAUGGGCUCAGCUGCAAUGGCCACCUCAUCACUUUCUGUGGUGCUGUCAUCUUUGCUGCUCAGAUUAUACAAAAAAACAUCGGUGGAGCUGUAUGAGGUAAGAGCAAGAGGCGUAAUGCGGAGUCUUCAGUCCUCACAGAUCAGCACAUAUCCGAGACUAGAAGGUCACCUACGCAGUCCGAUGGCAGGUCCUGCAACUAAAUCCUGGGAACAGCACGGUGCCAAUGGCACGCUCGUUUUAUAG